AUGUAUACCACGUGGUACAGUCGCGGUGAGAGCGGCAUGCACCAUCACCAGAUGGGGCAGCUGUACCACCACGGGCCCCCCAUGAUAAAGACUGAGGCUGGAGUAAACAGUGACUGCAUGAUGGCGGUGGACUACGCCCCCCCAAUUAAGCCGGUCAUGAAUGGAGUGGUGUCAUUCACCGGUCGCCGGUCCAAAGUCAAUAGACAAGCGGCUGAUUGUUCACGUAGCCGGUACGUGAGCGUUUUUCUCCGACCGCACCAGACGCGCGCCGGAGGAUCGGGAAGAGUGGCGGCGCGAGUUGUGCGCCUAGCGAGCGCCGUGCCUAAUCGCGGGCGUUCGUGCGCGAAGAAAGAACUGCUGCGGGCAGGUUGUUUGGUUUUUUGUAUGAGCUCGAGCGGCCCCGAGGCUGGGCACGGGCCGCACCGAGUUUCUAAUCUGAGAAUCGAGAUGUCGGAUUCUGCGGCCGUUGCGCUGCGUCCGCGUCGUAUCGGUUCUGCGUUUUGUAAAUCGAAUGUUAAACGAUCCGCGAUACAGCCGUAC